CAUCCGCUUUGGAAUAGCAAGUCAAUGCUUCACUUUGCAGCUUCAACGCGAUGCAGGGCAUCCUGGAAUCGAGCUUGUCCUUCAAAAAUGAGCUGGCCCCACCACCAUGGCUCCAGGUCCGCCACUGCGGUUUGUCCUCUUGACGAGCACCAGAAGCAGCACUGGGAAUUUUAUCAGCAUUUGAGCAGAACGUCUCAUCACCACACGUUGACUUCAAUACGAGCAUAGCUCCAGUAUACAAUAUACUGGCGUUGCCUCUGGGCCCCAUCCUCACAUCUGUCCAAUCUGAAGCAUGGCUUCCACGUGGUUUCUGAGCUGCUUGGUAGCAACUUUAACGUUGCACUCGAAAUGCGAAGCCGCUGCAGUCUCGCCACGCUUGGUCGAACGGCAGAGCGACACACUCAGCUCAGGAAUCAAGCGACCUCCUCAAGCUCCGCAUGUCUUCAACGAAACGGCAGAAAGCAUCAACAAGACAGUAGAAGAGUACGCGCAAUGGGAAAAGCAUUGGGUCGAUGAUCUCGCCAAGUCAGUGAGCGUGGAGAAUGCGACAUUUGACAAUCUGGUCUUGCCAUGGGCGGAGCACGAGGCCGAGACAUCUCUCAGACUUGCCUACUUUGGUUACUUUGCAAAAUUUCACCCAGACAAAAGUCUGCGCGAUACAGCCGAUGCUAUCAGUCCCGCACUCACAAACGUUUCGCAACAGACUUUGACACGCGAAGAUGUCUCAAAGCUGUUCGACACGGUGUACGAUAAACAGCAGAAUGACACCAACCUGGACGCCGAAUCUCGACUUUAUCUGGAAAAAGUUCCCCAAGACUUCAACAGUAGUGGUCUUGGCAUCGAAGCUGGGCCCAAACGGGACAGAUACCUAGAGAUCUCACAACGCCUCCAAGUGCUUGAGAAUGAAUUCUCGGCAGAAGUUGUGAAUGACAACACCACCUUAUGGUUCACCCGCGAGGAACUUCCGGACGUCAAGCCGGACAUUCUGGAUGCGCUGGUCAAGGGAGAUGGGCCAAAUCAAGGCAAACUCGGAGUUUUGAUUCGAGCUCCUUCGACCGGUGACGUGAACUCUUACUGCACGAACGAGACAACUCGAAAAUCCAUCUACAUCGCUUCAAAUCAGGUAGCACCAAGCAACAUUGGAAGACUCGAAGAAGCGCUCGCUCUCAGAGAUGAGCAAGCUCGUCUUGCGGACCAACCUGACUUCUCGACGUGGGCUCUUGGCGAUAUGAUGGCAAAGACUCCAGCAGCGGUGCAAGAUCUACAGCAGAAGGUGCAAGACGCCAUGUCGCCCAAGCUGCCAAAGGAGACGGAUACCCUCAAGCAGAUGAAGAACAAAACCGGCGGAGACGCCUCGCAUCUCUACACAUGGGACGUUGGUCUCUACUCUCGGCUUGUCAUCGAAGAAGCAUCAGCAUUGGACCUGGACAAGCAGAAGGAAUACUUUCCCGCUGCUCAGACCGCCCAUCGCAUUCUGGACCUGUACGCUGAGCUAUUCGGAAUCAAGUUUGUGAGGAUUGAAGGCAAGGACUUGGAUGAGCUAUCUCCUACUGGCAAUGGGACACAAAUGACUUGGCAUCCUGACGUCGAGCUCUUUGCUGUUUGGGACAGCAAAAACUCUGAUGAGUUUCUGGGGUUCCUAUACCUCGACGUUUAUUUCCGCGAGGGCAAGGGAAAUGGUGCCUUCAUGAUUCCGCUUGAACCAGGGUUCGAUGAUGGCUCGGGCAAAAGACACUAUCCGGUUGCUGGCCUUUACUGCAAUUUCCGAGAGGCCGACGCUAAAGCCACCCGCCCGUCUCUCAUGUCCCGAAGUCAAGUAUCCACCUUGAUGCACGAGGCUGGCCACGGUAUGCACCACUUGUUAUCGAAGACUCGCUUCUCCCGAUUUCACGGACCGGGUGGAUGUCCCAUGGACUGGCUGGAGAUGCCCUCUCAGAUGAUGGAGGAAUUUGCCUACGCACCCGAUGUCCUGAAACGUUUGAGUCAGCACUACACCCGCAUAGACCCCAAGUAUGCAGAGGCGUGGAAAAAGAACAACACCGAACUACCACCCGAGACUCUGCCAGAUGCGGCCAUCAGCGAUAUGAUCAAAAACAGAGUGGCUUUCUCGGCACGAGGACAAAUUGGGCAAAUUACCUACGGAAAGAUUGAUCAGAUCUACCACACACCGAAGUCCCAAGAAGACGCAAAGAAGAUCAACAGCACCAAAGUAUGGAAUGAUGAGUGGUCUGCGGCGCUCAAAACCGAAGGAGAAGGCAUUGAUGGCGGCCACGGCCAGACCACCUUUACGCACAUCGUGGGUGGUUACCAGGCUAAGUACUACGCAUAUCUCUGGUCAAGAGUAUAUGCUAUCGAUGCAUACUACACAGCCUUCAAGGCGAAGCCGAUCAAUCCAGAAGCUGGUCGCCGCUGGCGAGAGGAAGUUCUCCAGAUCGGAGGAGCAACCGAUGACCUGCAGGGAGUUCUCGACAAAUUCCUGGGCCACAAGUCGCCAGACCUCAAUCCAACUCUUGAGGCUUAUGGUGUAAAGAACUGAUCGGGCCCCAAACUAUAGCAUAUUCGAAUAAUUACUCUUCUGCUAAUCCUGGACGCGGUGCAUUUACCAUUCGUUUCUGUCCGAAUGCAGCAACCACUCAAAAAUCUCAUCAAACAAAAGUCAUGCAAGAAGUUGGACGCUUGCCCGUGCAGUAAGGCCCUUGAGAUC